AUGAAGGGUAAGGUUGCUAUGGAUGUCUACAGUUUCGGGAUCAAGGGUUACUAUGAAAUUGGUGACUUGAUCAAGAGUUUUUGGCUUUUGGCUUUGUUGAUUCGCAUGGGUUUUUCUCUAAAUGUUAUCUUAUACACUACCUUGAUUGAUGGUUGUUGCAAGAUUGAGGAUGUUCAUUUGGCAAAGAAGUUGUUUUGUAAGAUGGAGGGGUUGGGCUUAGUUCCCAAUCAGCACACUUAUAGUGUAUUGAUAAACGGGUUCAUCAAGUAUGGCCUUCAAAAGGAAGCAUUUCUAAUGUAUGAAAAUAUGAAGCAGAGAGGAACGGUGCUCAAUGUUUAUGCUUAUGAUUGUAUAAUCAAAGAAUAUUGUAAGGAUGAGAAUGUAUAUAAGGCUUUUAAGUUGUUCGAUGAAAUACAUGAGAAAGUGUGGCAUAUGGUGAGAUUGGUUUCCUCCAUUUCGUGGCUGCCAAACUUCGAAUGGAGUGUCUGA